UCUCUCUCUCCCUCUUUAACUGUCACUAUCACACAUGAACAGGACGACUUUAGUUUGGAUCUAAGCUUACUGUCACUGAAGAUGACUUCACGCAUUCCUCCCUGGUUUGUUGGAUUAUUUCUACUAGUCCCCCGGCUCUGCUGCGGUCGCUCCUCUGCCUAUCAGCUGCUGGACGACCCUGGUUUUCAGGGAGCCUUGGACCUGACAGAGUUGAUCGGUGUUCCCCUCCCACCCUCAGUUUCCUUUGUUACGGGCUUCGAGGGUUAUCCUGCCUACAGCUUCGGCCCUGAUGCCAACGUUGGCCGCCUCACAAAGUCAUUCAUCCCAGAUCCAUUCUACUAUGACUUUGCCAUCACAGUCACAGCUAAACCCACCACGAGACAAGGUGGCAUGCUGUUCGCCAUCACUGAUGCUUACCAAAAAAUUGUACACUUAGGUAUAGCGUUGUCUGAAGUGGAAGAUGGUUCCCAGAGAGUGGUUUUAUACUACACUGACCCAGGAACAACAGCUGGAACCCAAGAAGCUGCUUCCUUCAAGAUGGGAGACCUGACAGGAAGAUGGGCGAGGUUUACCCUGACUGUACAGGGAGCUGAGGUGCGUCUCUACAUGGACUGUGAGGAAUACCACCGAGUCGACUUCUCUAGAAGCCGACAGCCUCUGACCUUCGAGGCCAGCUCAGGCGUCUUUGUGGGGAACGCUGGGGGUACAGGCCUGGCGAGGUUUGUGGGCUCCAUUCAGCAGCUGGUGUUGAAGUCAGAUCCCACGGCCCCAGAUGACCAGUGCGAGGAGGACGAUCCUUAUGCCUCUGGAUAUGGAAGUGGUGAUGAUGCUUAUGAUGACAUGGAGGGAAGAGAUGAAGUGAAGAAGAUUGUGGAGGAGAGAGAGUAUAACAUGCCCUUCCCUGAGGUGGACCCAACUUACAGCACCCCGGUCCAGGCUCCGCCCACUGAGAUGCCAAUAGACUAUGAUGAUAAUGAAGAUGAAGACAUAGAGGAGACUUCUGGGCAGGAGUUGGAGAUGACCACAGUUGAAGUAAGAUCAUUGCAGACAGCUACCCCAGCCUCCAUGCUUGACAGUUCCCUGCAGGUGUCUCCCGGACAGAAAGGGGAGCCAGGUGAACCAGGUCCACGUGGUCCUUCAGGAUCCCCCGGCCCUCCAGGACGAUCUACAGGAGGGGGAGAUAGAGGGGAGCCGGGACCCCGAGGUCCGGCAGGACCACACGGGAAUCCAGGCCCACCUGGACUUCCUGGUUCAGAUGGACGGCCUGGACACAACGGGGAAACUGGUGCUCCAGGUGAGAUUGGGAUUCCAGGACAUCCAGGGCUUCAGGGAGAGCCUGGAACUAAAGGAGACAAGGGUGAUCCUGGUGUUGGAUUACCAGGUCCUCCAGGGCCACCUGGUCCUCCAGGUGGCAAGUCUUCCAUGUUCCUGGAGGGGUCAGGAUAUGAAGACUUUGACAGUGAUGCAGAGAUUAUUAGGGGGCCUCCAGGGCCUCCAGGGCCUCCUGGCCCCCCAGGGCACCCGGGAUCUGCAGUUUCUUCAUCUGAGGACAUCUUUCCUGGAGCGCCUGGAGUCCCUGGGAAAAAUGGACAGAAUGGUGAACCUGGAGUCCCUGGAGUUGAUGGAAAAGAUGGGGAUCCAGGACCUGCUGGGGAAAAGGGAGACACGGGAGAGCCUGGUGUGAGCGGCCCACCAGGAUCAAAGGGAGAUCAGGGUCCUGCAGGAUUUCCAGGCCUUCCAGGGUCAGAGGGUCCAGAAGGGAGGCCUGGCCCUAGGGGUCCACCUGGCCCUCCUGGGCCCCCAGGCCCCCCUACAAGAGGCUUCAUGAUGGACUUUGAGGACCUGGAAGGAUCUGGGUUGCAGAGUGGAUUUGGAGCUGUGUCCAGAGGCCCACAGGGUCCUUCAGGAAUUCCUGGACUUCCAGGAUCCAAGGGAGAAGAAGGUUUGAAGGGCUCUACAGGACAACCAGGGCAAAAGGGGGAGGCAGGUGCUACAGGGCCAUCAGGGUUUCCAGGACUGGAGGGAAUAAAAGGAGAAGAGGGACCAAAAGGGGACAAAGGUGACCCAGGACAAAAGGGGGAGGCAGGACGGGAUGGGCUCAGUGUACAGGGCCCUCCAGGGCCACCUGGACCCCCGGGACCCGUUAUCAACAUCCAGGAUCUUCUUCUUAACGACACAGAUGGUGCCUUCAACUUCUCAGGGAUUUCUGAAGCUCAGGGACUUUCUGGGCCACAGGGUCCAAAAGGUGACAUUGGGUUGCCAGGUAUUAAUGGGCCACCAGGACUGAAGGGUGAAAAGGGUGAGCCAGGAUUUGUCAUCGCAGCAGAUGGAUCCUUGAUGUCAGGCCUGCCUGGCUCAGUGGGACCCAAAGGAAACAAGGGAGAUAAUGGUUUAACUGGACCCCAUGGACUUCCAGGGCCUGUUGGACCACAAGGACCCAAGGGAGAAUUUGGUUACCCUGGAAGACCUGGUCGUCCAGGCAUGAUGGGACCUAAAGGAGAGAGAGGGGACUCUUUGGGCCUGCCGGGAGUUCCUGGCCCUCCUGGGCCACCAGGGCGCCCAGGAAUAUUCAACUGUCCCAAAGGAACCGUGUUCCCCAUCCCUCCAAGACCACACUGCAAAAUGGGUCUUAAUCCAAAUGGAAGUAUUUCAAUUGGCAACUGCCAGACAGGACUAAAGGGAGAAAAGGGAGAGAGAGGUCUUCCUGGGUUGCCAUCGCCACCAGUCUCAUUGUUUCCCAGAGGAGGCUGGGGGGAGAAAGGUGAACAGGGCUUCAUGGGAGAGAAGGGAGACCAGGGAGAGGCAGGGUUACCUGGGCGACCAGGUAUCCCCGGGAGACCAGGACCUGUGGGACCCAAAGGAGAGUCAGUACUCGGCCCUCCAGGCCACCCUGGAGUGCCAGGCUCACCAGGAAUCCCAGGCUAUGGCAGACCAGGUCCUGUUGGGCCACCAGGGCCACCAGGGCCUCCAGGACUCCCAGUGUCACACUCAAGAUAUGGCUCAGCUGUGAUCGCUGGCCCACAAGGACCACCUGGACCACCUGGACCUCCUGGACCUUCAAGUAACUCAGCAUCUCUGAAAACAUUUUCUACCCGUGAGAGUAUGAUGCAGCAGACCGUCAGGGACCCAGAGGGAACUCUGUCAUACGUCACAGUGACAGGAAGUCUCUUCAUCAAGGUCUCCCAGGGAUGGAAAGAGAUACAGCUUGGCAGUUUGAUCUACCUCUCCAAUAACAUUAUACCACAAGAUGAGCCUCGAGUUGCAUAUCAGAUAAGAGGAGACACAAUGCAACGAGUACAAUCAGUUAAAGAAAGGCUCAACCUGGUGGCCUUGAACCAACCCCACUCAGGGGACAUGAUGGGGCUCAACACCGCUGACCGGUUGUGUUAUGAGCAGGCCAAGGCAAUGGGCUUGGCUCCAAACUACCGCGCCUUCAUUUCUUCCCACAGGCAAGACCUGGUCCAUGUGGUCUCUCCCGGUUUCAGGGAGACUCUGCCAAUAACAAACCUCAGGGGAGACGUGAUGUUCAGAAAUUGGCGUUCAAUCUUCAGUGGCAACGGGGGGCCAAUCAAUGCCAGGGUACCCAUCUACUCCUUUGAUGGCCGGGAUGUUUUAGCUGACCCCUUCUGGCCUCAGAAGAGCAUCUGGCAUGGUUCCAGCAGCAGGGGUCUUAGAAUGGUGGACAAACACUGUGAGAUGUGGCGGGCAAACCACAUGUCUGUCAUGGGCCAGUCAUCAAGCCUGACCUCAGGUCUGCUCCUGGGACAGCAGACGAGGAGUUGUUCCAACCAGUAUAUUGUCCUUUGCAUCGAGACCCACAAAUCCCCUUAAAUGCCCCCCAAUACCACUCUAGCAUGGAACCCCUCUCAGCCACCUUAAAUAUUAAACACUCUCGGAUGAAAAUUGAGUGUCUUUUGAUAUGGAAAUUCCACACAUUUAGAAAAGGAUGUCUCCAUUGGUGCUACAUGUAGGACUUUGUGGUUAAAAACGCAAGACCACAUCUGACUCCCUGUUGCUUUCUUUUGCAAAGAGGAUGUUACUACUUGUCACCCUCCUCCCUCUUCUGACGUCACCCCAUGUUGUCUCUGAAGAGUGAGAAUAUGGUAAAGAUUCAGUAACAAACUCUUGACACAGCCAAUAUGUAAGGUCAGCUAACAUGAAGUUGAUGCUAUGCUGUGGAACUGGAAUAAUGUGGUGGAUUGCUUGCAAAGAAAAUUCACAUCCCAUUUGUGCCGUAGAGGAAUAUCCCUUUGUUAUGUAAAGCAAUAAAAAAAAAGGUUUCCCAUUGAUUCCAACUUGGUGGCACAUAAUAUAAAAUGCAGCAUAGAUGCUGAUAGAGGCUACCAGUGUAAUUAGCAAUAGUCAUGUUUAUUUGUGGCAAUAAUGCUAAUGUCUCACAGUAAAUGUGGUAAUGAUUGAUCAAAGUUAAAAUGGUAUAUACAGCACCUUUAACCUUUUAUUUGAGAGAAAUGGACUAAACUGCAACAAGACACGUGUGCCACUUUAUAAGAAACAAAUAUAUUAACAUGUAUUGUAUUUAUGGUGGCGUCCCUAAAUUGGCACCCAGGUGUUUUGUAGAUGGGUGUCUCUUUAAAACUGUCAUUUUUUUAUUAGACUGAAAGUAGAGAUUGAAGACAUGAGGGUCACAGGAAUUGUUGUUAAAUAUGGCAGUUUUAACCAAUUUCCAAAGACAUACUACUACCAUUUUGUUUACAGGUUGUCAUGGAGAUUCAUUUUUGACAAUUUUGAAAAUGUCAGGAGAAGUUUACCUAUAGCUUUAAAGGUCAGAACAUUGAUUCCACAAUAUUCCUUCCAUCAGACAACCAGUCUUGCCACCAAAGUAAUUUUUGAUGCACUGUAUUUCAUUGUUUAAAAUAGUUUCUAGUUCAACAUUUUCAUCCUUGAACGCAGUGUUUGUGUUGUAUUUUUUUUUUUUUAGACGGUGAUCUCUUAGUCUUUAUCUCAAUAGGCUAUUUAAUUUAAAUCCAUUGAUUUUAUUUAUACCGUCACAGCACAUAACAUGAAAUCAGAUGAAUAAAUUUAAGAAUGUAAUUUAUCGUUUGUUGUUUGUCAAAUGACUGUUUCUUUUCACUUUUUGCCUCUUUUUCUAUCUUUUGUACAGUUUUUUUUAUCAUUAUUAAGUUCAGAGAUUUCAGGAAAAUGUUGACAACAGUCUAAAUUAAAUUCCAGCGAGUAGAGAAAUGCCAUUCAAACAGGCAAUGAAUAUUUGUGUUAA